AAAUAUUUAAGCUUUAAAUCCGGUAUGAAUAUCCCAAAUAUGUAAGUCGAUUUAACUUCAGAUCUCUGUUAUGACGUUCCAUUUCAGUCUCUCUCUAUAUCGAUGAAAAAGAUAUCCUUUUUCUGAAUCUCUUCAGAAUUUGUAAAACCUGAGGCACUCCAUGGAAGUUUACAGUCGGCACCUGCAGAUGCAUCCAAUCUCUUGCUGAUAGCCCAGUCAUCUUCCAUCUUUAACUUGAACUUUGUUGGGUUGCUCCAGUUCUGAUGACUAUUCAAUCGUUUCCCAUGACUUCAUCUGUUUCAACAUCUCAAGGGGUACUUCCACCAGCAGGAUUUGGUGUUUAUGAAUCAUCCGUUGCUGGGCCUUCAGCAUCUUUUGUCCAUUCAGUACCAGAGCUCAAUGAAAAUGAAGAAACUGAGUUGUAUUCUGUGUCUUGGAAUCAGGAUUACAGUUUCUUUGCUGCUGGUACAAGCCACGGUUUUCGCAUAUAUAACUGUGAUCGUUUCAAAGAGAUCUUCAGGCGAGAUCUAAAAAGCGGUGGAUUUAAGAUUGUUGAGAUGCUGUUCAGAUGCAAUAUUUUAGCACUUGUUGGAAGUAAAACCAAUGCCCAGUAUCCUCCAAACAAAGUUAUUAUAUGGGAUGAUCAUCAGAGUCGGUGCAUUGGUGAGUUCUCAUUUAGAUCUGAGGUUCGUGCAGUUAAACUAAGAAAGGAUCGUGUUGUUAUCAUCGUUGAACACAAGAUAUAUGUUUACAAGUUUACGGAUUUGAAGCUUCUUCAACAAAUAGAGACUCUGGCAAACCCCAGGGGACUUUGUUGCCUCUCGCACCACUUGAAUACAUCUGUGUUGGCCUGCCCUGGUCUACGACGAGGACAGGUCAGGGUUGAACAUUUUGGCCUGAAUAUGACAAAAUUUAUCAAUGCCCAUGACUCUCAGAUAGCUUCCAUGACCUUGACAAUUGAUGGACUUCUUCUUGCAACUGCCAGCAUAAGAGGCACUUUGAUAAGAAUUUUCAACACAGUGGAUGGAACUCGGUUACAAGAGGUAUUUCACUUGCUUUAUUUCCUUGCGGAAGUCCUUUCAAGUUCGUGCAUCACCAAAUAUAGGACACAUUUAAAAUAAUUGAAGUGAAAGGAAUAAGCUCAGAUCAUUGUUUUUUAUAGUUUAUAAUAAUUUCACUAAUUGUCACUGAAGUAUGUGAGAAAAUUCGGAAUGGUCAUUAAAUUAUUCUCUUUCCCAUAUAGUCACUAAAGUUAACAAUGGUUUCUUGGUUGGUGAAAGUAAGGGAAAAUUGCUAAAGAAGUUCCUAACCUUUGCUAAAAGUGCGAAUAUGUUCCAAAUAUUCAAAUCUUGGCCCCAUAGUCUUUAACUUUCUUUAAUGUAA